GUUACUUAUAUCACAAGGCUACAGGUGCCUUUAUUUCCACUGUAGCUGGUGCGGGGAGCGCCUGCCUUCUCUUGCCUUGAAAGCUUCACUUUGGACCUAGCCACCGCUGCCCUCACGGUGAUGUUGGACUCAGUGACACACAGUACUUUUCUGCCCAACGCAUCCUUCUGUGACCCCCUGAUGUCGUGGACAGACCUGUUCAGCAAUGAAGAGUAUUACCCUGUCUUUGAGCAUCAAACAGCCUGUGAUUCCUACUGGACGUCCGUCCACCCCGAGUACUGGACCAAGCGCCACGUCUGGGAAUGGCUCCAGUUCUGCUGCGACCAGUACAAGCUGGAUGCCAACUGCAUCUCCUUCUGCCACUUCAACGUCAGCGGCCUACAGCUCUGCAGCAUGACACAGGAGGAGUUUGUGGAGGCGGCCGGCAUCUGCGGGGAGUACCUGUACUUCAUCCUGCAGAACAUCCGCACUCAAGGUUAUUCCUUUUUUAAUGAUGCUGAAGAGACCAAGGCCACCAUCAAAGACUAUGCUGAUUCCAGUUGCUUGAAAACAGGCAUCAAAAGUCAAGACUGCCAUACUCACAGUCGAACAAGUCUCCAAAGCUCUCACCUCUGGGAAUUCGUGCGAGACCUGCUCCUAUCUCCUGAAGAAAACUGUGGCAUUCUGGAAUGGGAGGAUAGGGAACAAGGUAUUUUUCGGGUGGUUAAAUCAGAAGCCCUGGCCAAGAUGUGGGGACAAAGGAAGAAAAAUGACAGAAUGACGUACGAAAAACUGAGCAGAGCUCUCAGAUACUACUAUAAAACAGGAAUUUUGGAACGGGUCGACCGAAGGUUAGUGUACAAAUUCGGAAAAAAUGCACACGGGUGGCAGGAAGACAAGCUAUGAUCUGUUCCGUGCAAGGAGUGCACUGUCUGGAUUUCUCUUUUAAAACAAUCAGAUUGCAAUAGACCUCUGAAAACCCUUUUUCUUUUUCUUCUAUUCUUUUAUGAAACCUGCGAACGUGCUGAUAAAAUUUCUCCACAUCACAGCUUGUAUUUGGAUUCGGAGUUGUUGCUAUCUACUUGGGCCGUGGGGGCAG